GACGUGUGUCUGUGUGUACUGCCGUCAAUUUAAUAUUCAAACGAUCUCUCUAUAUACAGAUACCAACGUUGUGUUGCGUAUACUUGUGUAUGCGAUAUAUUUCGAGGCACAUGACAUGACUGAUACUAGGCUUGCGUUUUCAUCGGGUCUUAUGGUAUGAACCGCACUGACUGGAUGAUCCCUUUCAUUUUAAAGGUAUCCAGUGGUGCCGCGUGUGAGUGAGUAGGCGUUGCUUUUGUGUCACACCAUUCUUGUGUACGGAGGUUGUAACUGUCGUAAGCUUGGCUGCUGGAGAUUCAGGCGAAAACAGACGCAUAGGUGCAGCGUACGCAGUCUUCAUGCGGGGUUCGAGUCCGUCAUGGUAACUGUGUCGGCCGACCGUUCCAACGGACGUGUUACCAAUGCUAAUAAACGAGUGAUUGCUUUGCGAUGCCUGUUUGCUCGCUGGCUGCAAGCCGGUCUCGUAGCUUUUUUAUAGAUGCCUUGGAAACACCUUGAUCCAGCAAUGGUAUAGACAACUGUGCACUCAAGAGAAAAGGCUUCGGGGUACUAAACCCAUCUAGCAGUCAUCUUUCAAGCCCACACAAGCAAGCCGUUGAAUUUUUUCCUACAGCUUAUCGCCGAUUGCUGUUGUUACGUGAAACAUCGUGGGGAUUAGAUGAAGCAAAUGAUUACCCCGCGUGGAGUAUCAUCUUCGUCCACUAUUUUCUUGUCGUUUUCAAUCCAAUUUGACAAACAUUGGAAUUGGAUCUGUGAUGAACACUAGGAGAGGUACGACAGUGAACAUUUUCCUUCCAGAGGAGAGGUACUGUGGGUUUGAUGUCUUGCGGCCAAGGGACGGGGUAGGUGUUAAAAACGCAAACCAGCAGAUAAAGUGGAGUGGCAGACGGUACGUCGCCCAGUUGGAAGUUUAAAAUCAACAGUAGAAAAACAAAAAUACUCUUCGCCCGUUUUGUAUCUGCUGAUGUAGGCAACUGAAACACGUGUGCACUGAAAUAAACGGUAAGGUUUCAGCUUCGUCGGCCAAAAAUCUCAUUGAUUUUUCUGUCCUGGGAGACUGUUGAGGCAGCUACUACAAGCGGCCUUGACUAGCGGUGUACACGCACCACUGAUGCGAUAUUAGCCAGAACAUUGCUGGCAAGGGCACCAGAUCACCAAAGUACAGGGAAUCUUUUUUCGCUGUCGUUGACUAAGACAUUUUUUCCACGUACAAUAUAAUGGAGGAGCAGGCAAGUGCUUCAUUUCUUCUGUGGGCGCCGCAUCGCCUAACAUGCAAGGAAGCAGUGUGUUUGUAAACGGUUUUCGUACCCGUCCGUCUACAUACCAAUCCGUGACGCCUACCUGCCACUCACACCCGACACGCCCCCUGUCGUCUUCCCACUACCACACUGCCGUUCCUAAACCUGAAGUCCCAGGCAUAUUUGACAAGAUGGAGUGUCUCCGAAAGUUCAAAAUCCACGGCUUUGCCCGCCUGCUGUUCCGCUGGAAGGCCAGUGUGUACAAGCUUCUGUGGCGAGAGAUGCUCGUGUUCCUCCUCUUCUACGGCUUGGUCAGCAUCCUCUAUCGCUCUGCGCUCCGUGGCAUCACCAAGAGUAACUUCGAGCAAUUGGCUUUCUAUGCUUACGAUUAUACCAAAGUGUUCCCUAUAAGCUUCGUUCUGGGGUUCUACGUGACAGUGGUGUUUGACAGGUGGUGGACACAGUUCAAGGCGAUUCCUUGGCCGGACCGGGUGGUGUACAACGUCGCCGCUCACGUGCUAGGAAACGAUGAAGAGGCCCGGAUCAUACGACGGACUCUAGUGCGUUACGUCAACCUGUCCGCUAUCAUGAUCUUCCGUGCUGGUAGCAAGCGGGUCAAGAAGCGCUUCCCAACGCUAUCACAUAUCGUAGAAGCAGGUAUACUUACGGAAGAGGAAAAGAAUAUAUUGAAGGAUCUACCGUCCACCCAUCCCAAAUAUUGGGUUCCCUGUGUGUGGUUCGUCAACCUGAUACGGAUGACGAGAAAACAAGGCCGGAUAGUCAGCGAUCCGGCCAUGAAAACCAUAGUAGAUGAGCUGAAUAAUUUUCGUGACAAAUGCGAUGAACUAUACGGCUUUGAUUGGAUCAUUGUACCUCUGGUGUAUACACAGGUCGUUACCAUAGCAACGUAUAGUUAUUUCGUAGCCUGUCUACUUGGCAGACAGUAUCUGGAUCCUAACGAGAAGUUUGAAGGACACACGAUAGACCUGUACUUCCCGGGAUUUACGCUUCUGGAAUUUGUGUUUUACGUAGGAUGGCUAAAGGUAGCAGAGAAUCUAAUGAACCCGUUCGGCGAGGAUGACGACGACUUUGAUAUGAAUUUCAUUGUUGAUAGAAACCUUCAGAUCAGCUUUCUGACAGUGGACGAUCUUUACGAAAUCAGUCUACCCAUUGUCAGGGACCGACACUUUGAUAUCACCGUACCAGACAUUCCUUACACUAACGCCGCCGUCAAAAACAAGGGCAAACCGUGGCAAGGCUCUGCCAGCAAAGUGCGAUUAUCACGGAGGGAUAUGGCCUUCACGUGUAUGCCCCACAAAGUCUUCACGGAGGAAGACGAGGUAAUGACAUGCAAACUCCACACAAACAGCCUCAAGAAGAACAAUGACGGCCACCCUGACGUCUCCAGCGAGAGAAACAGCUCCCCCAACGACGACGAUGGAGGCCGAGAGACCGGGAGCAACAACUUUUCCAACUUCAAGCGGCCGCCUCCCGCAUACAGCUCCUUUAUGCCGUCCAACCUCCAAACGGGACCCAGGCCGCCAGAGGAACUGGCCGUGCCGCCCAAGAAGCUCAGCCGAUCGACGGGGGAGAGGCGAAAGGACCUGACCCACCAGGCUCAAGCCAAGCGAGACCGAGCCGAAUCGGCAGCAGCGGCCACGGAAGAACCCUCUUCCAACUCGCGGUCCAGGCAGGAGGAGCGUGGCACCAGGGACUGCAGCAGCGAGGAGGACGAUGAGUGCUCCCCGUUGAGUAACUCUAGUUAUCCGGUGGACUUGAAUCAAAUGGUGAACGAGUCAGUAAUAUGACCCGCAAACAAGCUUGAGCCUCUUGUGACUAUUGUGUACCAUUGGAACAGUACUCCCAAGCAGUUGUGCAUUACAUCCCUUAAAAGUAUGUGUGUUUUUAACUCGGAAUCUAAACGGCGUUAGUGCAUUGCAAGUAUACGUACCGACUGCAGUUUGAGAAAGGAACUUAAUCGUGUCGCAGACGUGUCCUCCGUCCUUGUAACGCCAAAGAAAAUCCACGAUAUACCUCGACGGUACUGUUGACCUAUGGUUCGUUCUAGACUGUUCGCGCUUAUGAGGCCUCCAGGCAAGCAAGGAUGCCUCCAUUUGAGAACAAGGGCGAUCAUGUUUAGAAGGGGAACUGUCGCCUGUCACCACCAAUAAACAAGGACAUUUUGGCCUGUUGUGAGACUUAAAACAGGAUUUCAGAAGGACUUUCCUGAGACAGUGCGAGAGUUACAGUUCUUCAUCGUCGCACCAGUGAUUCAGUUUUCAAUGUCUUCAAGCGCUGGACACGGGAGGAACCACGAAACAGCGACGACGUCAUGGCCGCCUAUCCGUGGGAUUAGUCAAGGUCACCGGUAGGCCGUGAUCGCAUCGGACAUGUUCAUUGGAUGAUUUUUGUUUAACGCUGGUAGAAGCAACGUAGACGAAAAACCUGUAGACAUUUCAAACAAAACGAUUCGACCUUUUUGUGUUUACUAGCUAUCAACGUGGAGCCUUCUCGUCUAAUACUUUAAGAACAGGGUUCAUGCAUCUACAGUUGCCAAUUUGCAAAUUAGGCUUUCCAAGGUGGACAUCAGUGUUUACAUUUUGCUGUCAUGAAAACAAUGGUGACAAGCAGAAAUCAUCGUGGGAUUAUUUUAUAUCAGCGGCAUGCUUUUUACCACCUUUAAUUGUAAUAGUAUAUAUAUAUAUAUUGAACCUGGUAUAUUAUGAAUAAUUAAAUGUAAAAUGAAUGGCCGAAAGUAUACCGUCAUUUUCCCUUACAAUAUCUAUCAUAUUAAUUGCUAUUUCACAUACACCCAAAAGUAUUCAAAUAAAAGGAAAUGUGACGUUGUAGGUAAUGGACCUUUGGCUGUAUCAAAAAUACUCGUGUAAAAUUGAACUGGCAAUAAUGACUGAGGAACAAUGUACCGGUAGUUUAGAAGGCAUAAACUUUCCAUGUUACGUAAAUAACAGUGAAGGCUUGGAUAUAAAUAUAAAGCGCACACGUUGAAUCAACGGCUUGUGAAAAGGCUAACUUAAGCAUGUAGACGGUGUUGAGUGUCAGAUUUACAUCGUUCGCAAGGUGUAAGUAUAGACUUCAAAUUAGCCUUACUAGAAGAAGGGUGCAGUUGUCUUUCUGAGCUACAAUAAAGGAUAUCUGCUGCUUAUAUAUGUUAGUUUGCAGUGCAUCGCUCCAAUACAUGCUUAGGACUGCUUUGGGGUUAAUAAAAUUCAUUCCACGACUGGUGUAAAGCUCAUUUUGGGCGGAAAUAUCGAAAGGUGUGAAUAAGUUUACACUUUACUCAAGUCAAAUUGACAGCGACGAUAAGCCGUUGAAGAAGAAAAUGUUCAGCUGUGGUACGAGGUGGUCUUCUGUUGAGUUGUUGAAUUCAUGAACGUUUCAAACUAAUCCACUUUUGCUGCAAAUUUCAGUUGAAAUACGGGUGCCAGUAGGCCUAUAAGGAUCCGUUAAUAUUGCAGUUGUGAGACUAUUGUAGGCCUGGUCUCAAUAAUAGGGGACAAAACUGUCAACUUUAAUUCAAGCUGUCUGGCUUGGAAAUAUUCAUUUUAUCAUUGGAAACAAAAGUAAAAUAUGAUUUUAACAUUUGUUUCGAAAGUAAUAACGAAAACAAAAUACGAUUUCUUGUAUCAGUGUUGCCCAGUCUGGUCCAGACUACACUUGAGCUCUCAUUCUAACCCAAAGUUGACCUGAAAUUCGUGCAGCACUUUGGUCAUUCUAAAAACUUGGGAUCUGCUUUCCUCCCAAAUCUUAUGAUUUUGAUUGAUCACUUCAUCAAUCAAGAUACGCUCCUCAAUACCUUUGUAUAGGAGUGAGUGUAAAAACCAAACUUGCAUACUCUACGGAUGCAAAAAAAAGUCUUUUCUUAUGCUACUAAAAUGUUCAAAAUAUUUAUUUACAAAUUUAAUAGAACUUUCCUCUUUUUAAUAGGUUUCAGACAGUCAUUUUAUAAAUUUAUCCCUUGAUGUAACUACCUCUAAGAAAGAUAACAUGGAACAUGUAAACGUUUAACUUUACUAAUUCGGAUUGGUGUAUCUUUGCCAAAGUAUUGUCCAUGCUACACUGGUAAUUUGAAGGUGACAUGAAAAUUUAGGGGAUCAGAAUAUUUUGUUUACAAAUGAAUAUUUAUGGCAAGAAUUUGGAGCACCUGUGCAAAAUAUCAACGUCAUUCAAAUUUAAUUUCAGUUUCUUUUGAACAGGAUUCGAACAAACUAUAUUCCAGGUCUUGAUUGGCUUCAUUCGACUCAAAAGAAAGAUUUAGCGAGCUCAGACACAAAACCUUCGGCAUGAAUCCGAGAUAAGAAAAAAUGAGAAGUUCAAGAUUAAGUGAGGAUAUAAGGCGAGGCUCAAGUCAGGUCUGGACGUUAAUCUGAUUUCACUGUGUUGUGGCCGAGGAAAUAUCGCAUCAACUCCUCAGGCCAAAAAAGUAAUGGGCUACUAAACGUGAUCCAUUAUUUAUUUUGAUUACCUGUGUGAACAAAAAUCUUUUUGAUUCUGAAUUUAUUGUGAAAAUGACAUUAUUUCUGUUGUUUAUCCAUAUAGCUUUGUGAAAAGUGAUUUAUAUUUAACUCGACUUCAGAACAGAGGGUUUAAUUGGUUUUUUUUUUUAUUCUUGUUGAGAGGUAGAAGUAUAUAUUUUUUCUAUCGACCUUACCACAGACAUUGACACAAACUAAAUUUAAAUGUCAAUAUCGACGGACUAGAGGUGCAGGAACCUGGUGCUAUAUUAUGUAUGAUGCUAGGCCUAUGAGAUUAUUAAGGUUGCCAGACGUCAAAAUUUCACAGUCAUAGCUUCUCACAGACCCGUCAGUAUUUUUGAAAAAUUUGUUUAAGAUUCGUCAAUAUUUAUGAUUACGUAACACCGGGCACAGAUUUAUCUCCUUGUGGUAACUUCACACCCGUACUACCCUAUUUGGUCUUCGUACAGUAUAAAGGACAUGUACGCCUGUUGGGUGGGGUGUUUGUUUGUUUGUUUGUUUAUUUGUUUUUCCUUUUUUUUUUUUUUUUUUUGGAGGGGCACAACAUUCAAGCAUUACAAACCUUUGGGGGUAACAUCAGGACUCCAAAGGGGGGAAAACACCCUUCCUCCUCAGUGUGAUUCUCCCUCAGCUUUACUCACAGUUAAGCUGUAAAAUUGUGAGUACAGAUGAGGUUGCUGAUUUUAUCAUUGUCCUAAGUUGUUUACAAACCUGUGUGAGAUCUGUCUGGCAGCCGUAAUAGCAUGAAAUGGGCAAGAUUGAUUUGCGCUGUUUGUUGUUCAUAUUUAUAAGUGAUUUGAUUUGUAAUAGGACCCACCUACAAACCGCGGAGACAGGUAUAGCUGGCCUGGACUACGUGAUAUUCCAUUUUCUGUCAAAGGAAUGGCCAAUUUUUGUAUACGCAUGGCUGAAUAAAAAGUGUCACUAGACGUAGUCUUGGAGUA